GCGGGGAAAGUCCGCGGUGAUUUCCUGUGUGGAACCUCUGAAGGGACACCCCGGCGUCUAGCUGACAUGGACCCGUUCCUGGUGCUGCUGCACUCGCUGUCCGGCAGCCUGUCAAGCAACGAUCUGAUGGAGCUCAAGUUCCUGUGCCGCGAGCGCGUGGGCAAACGAAAGCUGGAGCGCGUGCAGAGUGGCCUGGACCUGUUCUCUGUGCUGCUGGAGCAGAACGACCUGGAGCGCUCGCACACGGGGCUGCUCCGCGAGCUGCUGACCUCGCUGCGCAGAUACGACCUACUGCAACGCCUGGACGAGUUCGAGGCGGGGGUGGCGGCCGCCGCCGCGCCGGGGGAGGCAGAUCUGCGGGUGGCAUUUGACAUCGUUUGUGACAAUGUGGGGAGAGACUGGAAAAGACUAGCCCGCCAGCUCAAAGUGUCUGAGGCCAAGAUUGAUGGGAUUGAGGAGAGGUACCCUCGAAGCCUGAGUGAGCAAGUAAGGGAGAGUCUGAGGGUCUGGAAGAAUGCUGAGAGGGAGCAAGCCACAGUGGCUAGGCUGGUAAAAGCACUGCGGGCCUGCCAGCUGAACCUUGUGGCUGACCUAGUAGAAGAAGCAGCAGCGAAGGCUGAGGGAUCUGUGAAGGAGAGCGAGGAUGUAUCCCGGAUGCUGUGGGACUUAUCUGUGUCUUCCUCAGAAGCACCCUGACCUCCUUUCAGGAGUCACUGUGGACUCAAUACAUACUAUCAUGUAGCACCAUGUGCC